AUGGGUGAUCAGCAAAGCAAAGGCCGGCGAUCAGAUCAAUCCAAUGGGUUAAGUAAAUCGACUACCAAUGAAUCCAAUGGCUCGGCAACAUUGAGUCAGCCAAUUAACGGGAGCCUUGAUGGAUCAUUGCAUCGUGGUGAAACGCUAAAAGCUAGAAAAAUUGCAGAGCAAUCUUACGGUGCUGCAAAAUUUACUGACAAUAACUCGAAUCCGAUUGACUUUAAUAAACAAGCUAAAAUGUUAAAGGAUGCGAUUCGCGGUGGCCAAAAGAAAAAGCUGAAUCCUGUGUCAGGAAAUCCGAUCGAAAUUAAUUUUACUUUAGUUCAUCUAACCACAGCUAAAAUUGAUCCAAAAACAUAUACUUUGAGCGCUUCCGUUAUUAUUGACGAUUUAAAGGGCAUGAAAGAAUCAGGAGACUUAUACUUUGCCACAAUCUUGAUGAAAUUAGAUGCAGCUGGAAUCAGCGUCAUUGAAAUCAAUACUCAAAGUCUUGUGGAACAAUUGCCAUUUACGGCCGUUGAACGAUGUGAAUUUAUGGAAAAUGUACCGGAAUUUGAUCAACUUUUAUUAUUAUUUACCAACAAUAAUGAUGGUACUCAUAAUUUUCAUAUCUUCCGAACACUCGAUGCUAAAGCAUCAACAGUAUGCAACGAAAUUAAAGGAUUUCCCACUAAAAUAGCCAAGGAAGAGAAAUUAAAUGGUAGACGGCUUAGCAAUGGUAGUGUUAAGUCAGAUCAAUCUAAUCACUCCAGUCAAUCAAAUCAGCAAGAUCGUAGUUUGCACCCUUCAUCAAGCAAUGGCAGUGUAUCCAAUGGUCUACCCAUCAUUCCACCACCACCUCCAGAAUCUGCAUUACCUCAACCUCCAUCCAAUGGUCGAGUAAACGGUUCAGUGCCAGUUCUUAGGAUAACUAACAAGAACGAAUCUGAAAAUAAACGAAUAUCAAGCAGCUCCGAUGAUCAAUCGGAUUCAAAGGCUGCCGUUAGUCCAAGAGGUGGAUUGCAACUUGGUAAUGAAGCUGUUAAUGCCAGAGUAGAAAAUAAUAUUAAAAUUUUGAAUCAUUGCAUUGACGACGUCGAAAGUUUCGUCAAGAAGUUAUCCAGCAUUCAUCAAGCAAGAAGUGAUGUCUUAGAUCGCAGAUCCAAGAAGAAGACUAAAAAGGAUAAAAUUAAAGAUGCUGAUAAACUUAGCGAAAAUGUCUAUCCAGACGAUGAAAAAUUUAAAGACUGCUUCCAAAAGAUGAAGAUGGGCUUAAAUUAUGCAGUAUUGUUAAAAAGAAAUUUACAGAAACCAACACCCAUUGAAAUUAUCCAAUAUUUAGUGGAUUUAUUACUUUACAUUUUGAAAGUGCCCAAAGCACUUGAUAUUGCUGCCAAUGUUGUCUCUCCACUCUUCACCGUACAAACUUUGCAAACAGUUAAAGCUAGUAUUACUCCAAAGCAAGAGCAAGCCAUUCAAAGUUUAGGAUCAGCUUGGAAUUUAUCAAGAGAUCAAUAUCCCGAUGCUAACUUAGUACCCGUAUACUAUCCCGUCUUUAGUGACGGUUGGGUGCCUAAAGAUGUUAAAAAUCCUCAUUGGGCUAAAUUAUCCAAAGAUAUUAAGCGUUUGGUUAAUAUCGCUGCUAAAACCCCUAAACCUCAACAAACGGCAUCAUCAGCUUCUCCUACACCAGUAAAUACCAAUAAUAUUGCUGCUGCUGCUGCUGCUGCUGCAGGCGCCACUGCAGUAGCUACAGCAGCUACUACCAAUAAUAAUAGAACAGAAUCAGUUACAUCAAAAGUUCCUGGUGGAGUUCCAUUAGCAAUUGAAAUAGCUGGCAGAACAAACAGUGCAGCUCAAAUAAAAGGAGCAAGUCAAAUUGCCACUGUCAAGGCUGAUUACAACCCGACUACACCAGGAUUUUUAGCUGUUAAAACUGGUGAAAAGUGUGAGGUAAUAGAGAAAACUAAAGAUGGAUGGUUGGUCCAUAAUAUCAACUCUGGCAAGCAAGGACUUGUGCCAUCUAAGAAUUUGGAGGUAGCCGCAGAUACUGUCUUGUUGGAUGGAGGCGGUGGACUGCCCGUGAAUGCACCACCACCUCCAAAUAUUCCACCACCACCUGUUCCAGCAACAAAUAGCAAGAAAGAUAAUACCAAUGAUCCUAUUUUAUUUACUGCUCCGCCACCACCACCGAUAUCACCGCCUGCAGCACCACUAACAGCACAAUCGCCAGCACCUCCACCUGCGCCAGCAGCUCCACUAGCACCACCAGCGCCAUCUGCAGCUAUAAAUGGAGCUCUACCACCACCGCCACCACCGCCACCACCUGCUCCAGUUUUCAGCAAAACGGAUAGCAAACUAGCGCUUGUAAACGCAUUGAAAAACCCACAAUUAAAGAAAACAACUACGGUGAAAUAUAAAGCUUCUGACAGCGAUCUAUUGCAAGAUGAAUUAAAAGCACGAAUGAAAAUGCGCCGUAUCCAGUCGAGGAACCGAAACGAAGUUGGAUCUAUAAAUCCAAACUCAAGUAAAGAGGAAAUUAGGCAAUACCUGACUGAAAGAAAUUUCUCCGCAAAAACUACUGAUUUAUUGGGCGAUUAUGGAGGAUUCGAAUUACUCUCUUUGACGAAAGAAGAACUAGCCCAAAUUGCCCCUGGCGAAGAAAAUCGUCUUCAUAGCUUACUAACAACACAACGUUCACAACUACCGGAUGAGCAGCAAAAAAGCCUCCAAGAUGCCGCUGGAGAUAAACUAGAAAGUGAUCCGCUUGCUGUUCAAUCUUCUGAGAAAAUAACCACCACUCCAACUCCUACAUCUAAUAAAGCUGAACCAGAAUGGAAGCGAAUGAUAAUGGAAAGGAAAAAGAAACGUAUGCAACAAGCUGGCAUUGAUGGUGAAAAUGUACCUCCUAAUAAAUCGCCUAAAGAUAUUAAAAUUAACGGUUCUAAGGAAAAUACAAAUAGUACUCCAGUAACUAACAAUAAUGUAAAUAUAGUUUCACAAUCACUGCCAACAUCCAAUAGUGAUACUGUGGAUUCAGCCAAGAUAUUAAAUUCAACACCAUCAACUGAAAAUUCGUCAUCACAGGCGGAAGCACAACUACGGCAGUUGCAACAACCACAACAGCUACAACAACUACAACAGCAGCAACUACAACAACAAUUAGGACUACAAGGUCAAAACUUGCAAUUGCAGCCUAAUUUAAUACAACAGCAAGGAUUGCAGCAACAAUCAUUAGGAUUACAGCAAUCUUUGAAUUUGCAACAACCACAACAACUAGGACUGCAGCAGCAGUUGGCGUUACAGCAGAAUCUUCAACAAAACCAAUCUUUAGCACUAUUGCAGCAACAGUUAUUACAACAAAAUCAGCUGCAACAACUCCAGGGUAAUCAACUUCUUACCGACAAUGCUCAAUUACAAAGUAUCUUGUCCUCCUUAACGCCACAACAACUCCAGCAAGCUAUUGCUCUAGGUUUAAUCACACCAUCGGUAGUAAACCAGCAACAAGUAAACAAUACGGGUUUAUUAGCUCAAGGAACGUUAGGUAAUCAAUUAAACCUGACUUCGGAUGCCUUGGCGGCGAAUAAUAUAUUGCAAUUACAGCAAGCAAACGCAAAUAAUCAAGCUCUACGACAAUUGGCAGCUGCCAAUACUCAAAGAAAUCUUGGAUUAACCGGUACUCGAUCACCUGGUGAUCCAUUUACAGCUUUACUAGCUGCACAACAGUUGAGUACAGUUCAACGAAAUCGACGAUUAGCUGGUUUAAAUACAGGUGUAGGAUUGGCUAAUCCUAGCCUAAAUGUAAGCAAUCUUAGCACAGGUUCUAUAGGCAGAAGUAAUGGUAAUAUUGGAGGUGUCAACCAGCUGCUUCAAAAUCAAGUACCUAAUCAAGCUACUCUUCGACUUGGUUUGCAACAAAAUCAAGGGCUUCAAUUUUAA